AAGUACUAUCGGUCGUGGUUUCACAAUAGCGUCGGGUUCUCUUUUAAAGACAAAGGUUCCCUGUACGCCGUGUAGUUUAUAUCGUACAGGCUUGGUGGGAGUGACUAGAGCCCAACAUUUGAAGUGUUUUUGUAGUAACCUUAGAUAAUUUUAGAUAAUAGAUAUUUGAGAGAAGUGCAGUGUUGACAAGACUAUAAGACCGCUGAAUACACAAGGACAGCACAAAGCCAAUUUUUAGUGACCAGUAGAGUCAGCAGCAGAGCGAGGAUGGCGGGAGUUCCACAUCAACCACAGAACCCAGCGCAGACUGUCAUCCCUGCAACCAAGGUGGAGGUAUCCCUGUCAUGCAGAAACCUGUUGGACAUGGAUGUUUUCUCCAAGUCGGAUCCAAUGGCAGUGAUGUUUGUCCAGGCGACUGCCUCCACCGAGUACCGAGAGUACGGCCGUACAGAGACAAUAUGGAACACCCUCAACCCAGACUUUGUCAAGAAGUUCACUAUUGACUACUUCUUUGAGGAGUCCCAGAAGCUGAUGUUUAAAGUGUAUGACAUUGACUCCCAAAGUGCUGACCUCUCCAAACAUGACUUCCUUGGGCAGGUCACAUGUACGCUGGGAGAGAUUGUCGGGGCACCGGGCAGCAAGAUCGAAAAACCACUAACAAGUGGUCCAGCUAAGAAAUGUGGCACCAUCAUCCUGUCAGCCGAGGAGCUCAGCAGCUGCAAGGAUGCUGUGACGCUCCAGUUCCGAGCCACAAAGCUGGACAAGAAGGACUUCUUCGGCAAGUCUGACCCCUUCCUCCUCUUCUACCGCUGCAACGAGGAUGGAAGCUGGACGACAUGUCACAAGACGGAGGUGAUCAAGAACACUCUGAACCCGCAGUGGAAACAUUUCACCAUUCCCGUCAGGACCUUCUGCAAUGCUGACUAUGACCGGACCAUCAAAGUGGAGUGUUAUGACUGGAACAGGGAUGGAGGUAGCCAUGACCUCAUCGGUGUGUUCACCACCAACCUGCGUCAGCUGACCUCUGGAGCUGCCGGGACACAGACAUUUGAUGUGAUCCACCCCAAGAAAAAAGCUAAGAAGAAGAAGUACAAGAACUCGGGGACGGUGACUCUGCAGUACGCAAAGGUGGAGCAGCAGUACUCCUUCCUGGACUAUGUCAGGGGAGGGACACAGAUGAACUUCACAGUUGCCAUUGAUUUCACUGCCUCAAAUGGCCAGCCACAGCAGCCGACGUCACUGCACUACAUCAACCCCUACGGGAUGAACCAGUAUGCAACAGCACUUUGGGCCGUUGGGGAGAUCAUCCAGGACUAUGACAGUGACAAGUUGUUCCCGGCGUUUGGGUUUGGUGCCAGAACCCCGCCCGGCUACACCGUGUCACACUGCUUCCCCCUGAACGGCCAGCCUGGAAACCCAUACUGCUUUGGGGUGGCAGGGAUCAUGGAGGCCUACCAGUGGACACUGCGGCAAGUCCAGCUCUAUGGCCCAACCAACUUUUCCCCUGUCAUCAACCAUGUUGCCAGCUUGGCUUCGCAGAGCAGGGAGGGUGGCGAGUAUUUUGUCCUGCUGAUCGUGACAGACGGAGUCAUCACCGACUUUGAACAGACCAAGGAGGCCAUCGUCAAUGCAGCCACACUGCCACUGUCCAUCAUCAUCGUUGGUGUUGGCAAUGAUGACUUUGAAGCUAUGGAGGUGCUGGAUGGAGAUGAGGUCCGGCUGUCAUACCGGGGCAGACAGGCUGAGAGGGACAUUGUACAGUUUGUUCCAUUCCGUGACUAUGUGGACAGGCAGGGUAAUCAGGUCCUCAGCCAGGCACGGCUGGCCAAGGAUGUCCUAGCAGAGGUGCCUGAUCAGCUGUUGUCCUACAUGAAGAAACAUGGCAUCAAGCCUGGUGCACCGCCACCAGCCUACACAGGCCCCUCAGGACCUACAGCUCCGUCAGCUCCCUCUGCACCCACAGGCCCUGGGACUACCAACAUCGUAUAAGGCCCCACCAACAUGACUUGUUGGAAGAAGGUUCAAAUCUAUGGUAGUAUUUGAUGUUUGACUUACUUUCUUAAUUCAACCUCUUUGUCUACAUCUACAAACAUACAACUUAUGUUAACACAGAAGUAAGCUUCAAGUUAACAUACUAAUGAAUGUAGAGGUAAGCUAACUCUGAAAGGAAAUGACAAACUGUGCAAAAAGGAAGACAUUGAAACAAAGGGCUUCCAGCUUUGUGUCCAUAAAGUUAGGAAAAUGACUUUCCAAAUGUCCUUCAAUGGUGCAGUUAGAAGCUCCUUACUCUUAGAAAGGCCAUGUAAAGUUACAUUUUUGUAACUCCCUAGUUCUUUAGAAACUUAUAAAAUUAUUGAUGUAAGAAAAUGAAUUUUAAUCAAGAAUGAUUUGAUGUUGAUAUAAGCAAGGAUUUGUGUCUUCCUGGCUGUAAUACUAGGAUAAAUAUGUGUCAGAUACACUAAUCAGAUGUGGCAGAGAAUUGUCUAUAUAGGACUUUGAAUAUUUUUACCAUUGCCAUAUUCCAAACAUACUAAUUGUUGCUUGACCUUAGCUGACAAUUGCCAUAUGAUAUGAAUGUAACCAGUGAUCAGACAUUAAUUAAGGAGGAUGUCAACCUUGUAAUACAAGACAAAAGUAACAUCUGUCCUGGGAUCAGGGUUUCAGUUGUAAAUACUGCAUGUUCAACCUUUCUGUGCCAUACAAUAUUACAAAGCUUGUAUGUUUUGCUUAAUAACAUAAAUUUGAGGUAAUAAUUGAUCAGGCAGGUUACCAUUCCUGCCAAACAGGGUGCAACAUUUUGAUACAUGGAAAUGGAUUUAACUUUACUCUAAUACAAGAAUUGGGACUUGCCAAAUUUUUUACCAGUCCUCUGGUCUUCUUCAGUAUAAUGUGGAGGAAAGUAAAGUCCUUUUCCUGCUAUGUAGCAAUUCAGGUUAACUUUCAUAAUAAUUUUGAUACUUUGUACAUAUUGAACUUCUGUAUCAGACCAGCAGAGCCCAGGAAGGAGAGAGUGGCUCGGAUUUAAAGUUCGUACUUUUUGAUACCAAGUAACUGUAUGAGUAUAGACUUAUAUUUACAAUCAUAUUAUAUAAACUUUUUUCGUAUAUAUUUAACAACUUUAGGUGGAUGCUAGAUACAUUAAUAAAUAUAUGGUUAACCUGUAUGAGUGCAAGCUUUCAGUGGGUGGACGUUUCUACACUUGGUGGCUAGUAACCACUAAUGGGCUUCGGGAGAACCGAAUUGCCAAUGAUUGCAUGAAUUACAUUUAUUGCUCUUUAAACUGGAAAUCCUA